AUGGCGGUCUCCGAUCAUCAAAAGCAGUGGAACUCCAUGGUUUCCGGUCUGCCACAGGAAGCAUACGGCUCUGGACUUCAACUUCCUCUGGCUGGAGCGGGAACUGGCGAUCCACUUUUUGAUAGCAAUUACCAAGAAGCAAGAGACAAUGCAGAAUUUUAUCGCAACCAGUUGGAGAUGCUGCGCGAGGAAGUGGACGAUCAGAACACUAGAACUAGUCAACACUACGAGGAAAAGAUCGGUACCUUGUCUGAACGCGUUGAGCACCUACAAAAUCUGCUAACACAGGAAAACUUCCGAGUAGAACGUCUAAAUGGCGAAUUAGAAAUGGCAAAUUCGCAAUUGAACGAGGCGCACAUGAACGAAGCUAACCUCGAGAAUAUGGUUAAUGAACUGAAGGCGGCUUUGAAACGGAAGCCUACUUACUCAACUAGCGAAGGUGCACAAACUCCAGGAUCUACUGAUAUGCCCCUCAUACAGGCCCAUGUAGUGGAUACUCAACGGUCCGCUGUUCCACCAAGUCUGAUUAACGGGGAAUCGAACGAGGAGGUGGCAGCAGCACCGGCAGAGCAAAGUGCACAGGCUCUUCUGGAUAGCAUUAAGAAUUAUUUCCUAAUGAAUCAGGAGGCUUACGAUGCCAUUAAAAACACUCCCCUUGCAAGCGGAGGACAGUUGGACAUCUUCGCCAACAGACAGCAGGAGCAGUAUGCCUCCGCUCCAUUCAGUCCAGAGGGCAACAGCACCUACUUCUCACAGCCACGUGUUCAAAAGUACCUAACGACACCUGACCAGUCCAUGAACUCCAUCUUCAACUCGCAGACACAUGUGGAAAAUUUCAAUGUUGCCAAACUCUCUGAAGAACUGCAAGAAAGAAUUGAGGCCUUGCAGCAACAACUAGAGGAAGAGACGGGCUACCGGGAUGAUCUGGAACUGGAGUCUCAGGAGAUGCGCAAUAGAAUUGCAAACUUAACACGCCAGGUGCGUCGUCAACGUGAUGAACAUGAGGAGGAAAUGCUUGAGAAGGAUCAGGCACACCUAAAGAAAGUGCGGGAACUCACAGACACCGUCGAGGAUCUCGGGAAAGAAAAGGCCCUCCUGGAGAAGCGGUGUGCAGAUCUGCAAAACAAACUGGACGAUUUGCGCCGAACCCCUGAACUCAGCGAUGAGGAGGAGGGUAAGGCAACAUGA